AUGCAUUUCUCAACCCUCGCCGCCCUCAUCGCCAUCUCCGGCUUCACCUCCGCAGAACCCAACGGCUGGUCCAAGACCAAAGAAGCAGACGACAGCCCCUCCAAACUCGACGACUGCGGCUGCUGGCCUAUUUAUCAGGCUAUACUCAAGUGUCAAAAGCUGAAAUGGCCUAAGGAGGAAACACGGGAUUGUGUGUGCAUACCCAACCCGGAUGGAUGGUACGGCUCUAUGGAUGGCUGCCGUACUUGUCUGAGCUCCAACUCUGAGCAUGAAUUCUUCGAUAAUACUGCCAAGCUCGUCACUCAGCUGUUCGUUUCGUGUACCAACGCUGGCGGCGGCGUUACCAGCGAUGGCAACAGUAUCUGCGCUAGCAACGCGUAUCGCGAGGCCUGUGUAUCUUUGGGAACAAAUGGAAAGCCUAGCUGGGCUAGCUUUGAGCAGGAAGGCGUCAGUGGAAAUGGGACUUAUGUCUUGGAUAUCAAGGAAUUUGGCGCCGGUGAUGAUGAAUCCACAUCUACGACAAGUGCAAAGACAACUACCAAGACGACCGCUACUGAACCCGAGUCCAGCGGUAGCACUGAGGCUACCACCGUGGUGGUGGCUGCUACUGCUGGCAUCACCGAGGCAUCGUCAGGUAGCGCUACUUCGGAUGCGACAUCAGGAACUGAGACUCCCGUCGUGUCGGCCACGACGGCACCAAACUCUGGCAUGAGACUUGCUGGUCACGGAGUUGUUGGCACGGGCCUGGUCGCUGUUAUCGGUGCUAUCUUGCUUUAG